AUGGACGUCGUGAAGGACUUGGUGACAGGGCCCUUUGAGGAGGUCGUGGAGAAAGGGAGCGUUGCGCUCGGAAAUGCGGGCGACGACCGAGACAUGCUCUCCGAGAGCCAGAAGCUGGUCAAGGGCGCCGAGCGCAUCCUCAAGAUUAUUGAGCCGCUGUGCUUACGCCACUUGGAGGAGUCUGGCGUUAACUUUAUAGAUGCGCUCAAAGAUGAUAACGAGAUCGCCGACUACAGGUCACAAAUGACUGACAUGAUAUGGGACUUUGAAGACGUAAUCGAUGCAGACACGUAUGAAAAGGAAAAGUAUGUCGAGCUGCGGGAGCUCUGCAAGAGGGCCGGCCUCCGGACUGGAGAGAUCUUGAAGAGGAUGAGGCUGGAGCCGGCGCCGCGGGAGCAGCCUCCUAUUCCAAUUAUCGCGACAUCGCCACCGGCUACACUCGAGACCCAAGAACAAGGCCACGGAAGUCUAACCACGUCCCACGAGGGACAUCAUUUCCAGCCACAGGAAGAGCAACAUGCACCAACCGAGCCAGAGCCAAGAGUCAGGGAGGAGGUCCUCGAGCAGCAACCGCCGCCUCCUCCUCCGACAAACCCGUGGAGUAUAGGAGCAAGCCCCAUGAUCGAGACAGGAUUGGAAGGGCCAAUGGGCGAGAUGAACAUUGAGCGUCGUCCGCCCGUCUCCAUGAGCUCGCCCAUCUCUGAGCCGGGCAGCCCGAAGAACAUGAGCAGAGUCUCGCACGGCUCAGAUCAUCGGCUUGAGAUCCCCGCCGACCGCGUCCUCUCAGAAGAAGACCGGUACCACCAAAUGAGCCCGCAGGACCUCACGCGAUCACCGGUAUCGAUGACGGAUAGAAACCACCCUCUCAUCUCACGAGGGCGAGCGUCAUCUACGACACUAGGUAUCGUCACGGAAGACCAGACGCAGACCCCGCGGAACGUGAACGGAGGCUACUCCCCGCGGCCCCACCGGCACUCGCAGACCAGCUCCAUGUACUCGCACGCCUCGCGGCAACGCUCCCAGGAAUCCCUCCACGACUCCGUAUUCGACGGCGGCGGCGGCAGGAGGAACUCGGGCGCCAUCAGCCCCUCCAUGACGGAGCACCGCGCCUCCACGUCUUCGGCCCACGACGGUGGCCGGCUCAGCCCGACGUCGAGGCCGCCGCCCAUCAUCCCGCCUAACUUCCCGCCCGGCGUCCACGAGGGCAUCGAGAAGGUGCCGCUGGUCAUGAGCGACGGCGAGGGGCUGAUCCCCGUCGAGUCGGAGUCUUCUUCGCAGGGAAGGGAGGCGGCGCUUCAGGUCUCGUCCCGGCCAAAGGAUUGUAAUAUUGGGUUGAGCAGCUCGUUUUAUUUGUACAAGGGGUUCUGUGAGGGUGCCAAGGAGGUCACGCGCGGAGGUCUCGGUGUGAAGAAGGUUAAGAAACCGGGAUUCUCUGGCGCACAUGAGGUCGCCAAGUGCUCGAGCUGCUCCUAUGAGCUCGACUUCAAACAGGUCGAGAACGACAUCAACAAGGCCGAAGAAGCAAACCACACCUCCAACAAAAUCUCCUACCGCCCCCGGUUCCUCCAAAAAUCCCACGUCGCCACCAAACGCGCAGACGAGUUCCUCUACGGCUGCGUCUUCUGCGUCCACGCCCAACACACUCUCGAAGAAUGCGACGCCACAGUCUUCUUCAGCCAGAAGAAGCUCUUCGAGCACCUCGCCCGGCACCCGCGCCCCUUACCCCAAGUACCCGGCAUCACAGUCGUAGAAACCUCGGAAACCACGGGCGGCGGCGAGGUACCGCUCCACCUGCGCAACAACUACGACCUGCACUUCCGCGCCGCGCCCCGGCCCUCGCGCAUCGAGGGCCGCCAGCUCGAGCUCGCGCAGCUGCCGACGGCGACGGCGACGCAGACGGUCAAGAGGAUGUACGGGAUGCGGCUGCUGUACGAUAACACGCCCGGGUUCGAGCUCGCAAACGGCGCGAGGUUGAGCGGGGUGGAGUUCCCGGCAAAGUACAACGGGGAGUGGGUGAUGGGGUGGCACGAGGGGAAUUUCGGUUCCGCGCCGCUGGAUGUGCUGAAGCUGGAGGCGCCGCCCAAGGCGGAGAUUCGCGCGGACACGGCGAGUAAUAUCUCGGCUGUGGCGAGGUGGAAGUUUGCGCCGAGGCCGAAGGAUGGCGGGGAUUGGUUGAAGUUUGAUCAGGGCGAGAGGAUCACCAAUAUCAGCUGGGCAUGGCACGAUCACUGGUGCUGGUCCGGCACCAACGCAAAAGGCGUCUGGGGUAUCUUCCCCCAGACCUUCAUCGACGCCGCCUCGAUCCGCGAGGUCUCGGACCGGUCGAGCAUCUCGAGCGGGGAGAGGAGGAAGUCUGGGACGGCGGGCUUCUUUGAGAGGUUCUCUUCCGGCAGGAAGGCGUCGAGGCAGUCGAGCGUUGGGCAUGUCAUGGUCUCGUCGGGGCCGCGGCCUUCGGUUGUGUGA